AUGGCACUCACACUCGAGAAGACGGGCAGAACCCCAGCCCAUGAGCCUUACUACGACCUCGGCCCUCACACGCGGCCAAUCACCACCAAAAUCCGUGACGCUCAGAUCUGGUUUGACCGAGGUCUAGUUUGGGCCUACUCUUUCAACCAUCGAGAGUCGGCAGCAUGCUUCAACCAAGUAAUUGCAAACGACCCAGAGUGCGCUAUGGGUUACUGGGGCGCCGCCUUCGCAUCCGGCCCAAACUACAACAAGGUCUGGAUGGCCUUUGAUGAAAAGGAUCUUGCAACAACGGUUGCCAAAUGCUACGAUCUUUCCAAAAAGGCUCUGUCUUACGCAUCCUUGGCUACUCCCAAAGAGAAGGCCCUCAUCCAUGCUAUACAAUCCCGGUUUCCCAACAGAGAGGUACCUGGCGACUUCAAUCCAUCUGUACUAGCCUAUGGCGAUGCUAUGCGGAAGGUAUACCACGAGUUUGGCGAGGACGACCUCGAUAUCAUCACACUCACUGCCGACGCGCUGAUGAACACUGCACCAUGGAAACUGUAUGAAUCCCAAACAGGUGAACCGAAUUUGACGACGCCUGUGCUGGAAGUCAAGGAGAUGCUCGAACGCGGUCUUCAACAUCCAGAUGCUCGAAACCAUCCCGGAAUAUUGCACAUGUAUAUCCACCUUGUCGAGAUGUCGAAACAACCGGAGCUGGCCGUGAUUCCGGCGGACUAUCUACGAAAUCUCGUGCCAGACGGAGGCCAUAUUCAUCACAUGCCGAGCCAUAUCGAUGUUUUGAUCGGGGAUUAUCGUCGAGCCGUGCAUACAAACCUUCGGGCGACAGUUGCAGAUGACAAAUAUUAUGGGCGAGAGGGUGGCGAGAACUUUUACUCCUUCUAUCGCAUGCACAACUACCACUCCUUGAUCUAUGCAGCAAUGAUGGCCGGGCAAUCACGGAUGGCCCUGGAAGCCACCGAUCGAAUGGAAGCCACCAUCACUGAGGAUAUGCUGUUGAUAGAUUCACCGCCGAUGGCAAGCUGGCUAGAGUUUUUCAAGUCGGUCCGCGUGCACGUUCUUAUCCGAUUCGGGUUCUGGGAAGAACUGAAGAAACUGUCCGUUCCCUGCAACAAGGAGUUAUACUGCGUUACAAUAGCCAUGAUCCAUUACGGAAAAGCCAUAGCUUGGGCGGCAACUUGCAACGUUGAAAAUGCCAGAAAAGAACAAGGUCUAUUUCUACAAGCCGCUAAGAGAGUUCCUGAUACGCGGUUAGAUUUCCCCAACAAGGUUGUCGAUGAGCUAGAGGUUGCCAAGGCAAUGCUGGACGGAGAAAUCGAGUACCGAGAGAAGAACUACAGCAGGGCAUUUGAAUGUCUCCGCCUUGCAAUCAAGCUGGAUGACUCCUUGGUAUAUUCCGAGCCCUGGGGUUGGAUGCUGCCUACUCGACACCCAUACGCAGCUCUCCUCCUUGAGCAGGGCUACGUCGAAAAAGCGGCUCAGGUGUAUGCCGAGGAUCUAGGCUUUGAUGAGAAGCUGGUCACAGCCCAUCAGCACCCCAACAAUGUCUGGGCGCUGCAGGGGUAUCACGAGUGUCUCGUGCGGCUAGGGCGAAACGAGGAGGCUCGGAUUAUCAAAAGGCAACUCAAUGUCGCAGCCGCAGGUGCAGAUAUCCCCAUAGAAGUGUCAUGCUUCUGCAGAUUGGAUAAGAUAGGAGGGGAAAGCAACCCGAACUGCUGUGAUUUGGCAUUGUAA